AUGGCUGUCCAGACUGUCAUCCAGGUGUGGUUCUGUGAGAAGUUCGACGCCCCGCUGCCGAGCCCGAGGAGCCCCAGCAGCCCGUUGACCCAGCGACACAGCCUCACAGAUGUCUUCCAGUAUCACCAGUGGCUGGCAGUGCGACACGAAGCCACCCUGGUGCCCAUGAGGGAGGAUCUGGCCAUCUGGCUCAGUGGCAUGCUGGGCGAGGAGGUGAGAGCAGAGUUCUCUGUGGAGGAGCCGAACAACGGCAUGAAGCUGUGCCGGCUCAUCGGCGUGCUGCAGACGAAGGUCGCCCAGAGCUGCUCUGCAAUGCUCUCCACGAGGAAGAUCGCGUGCAAGCGGAACGCCUCUCCAGGGUCCUUCUUCGCUCGCGACAACACCGCCAACUUCCUGGCCUGGCGCCGCAUGGAGGAGGCCUACCUGUUUGAGUCGGAGGGCCUCGUGCUGAACAAGGAGCCUCGCCAAGUGUGUCUCUGCCUCCUGGAGAUCGGCCGCAUCGUCUCCAAGUCCGGCGUGGAGCCUCCUGUGCUGGCGAAGCUGGAGAAGGAGAUCGAGCUGGAGGAGACUGCUGAUGGCGGAGGAGCCGCCCGCGGCCGUGAAAACCUUCAGCGGCUCACCAAGGUGUGGCUGCCUCCUCCCUCUUUUGGGCGGUGA